GGCAUCUCUCCAGAGAUAGAUCCUGGUUGGUCUCUACAAUACCUAAAUUGACAACGACUUGAUAGGGCCUGACUUAUCAAGGUUACUAAAUUUAGGUUGUGGUAUAGUCUAUACAGCCAAAGCAUGUGGUCUGCUACUUGAUUUUUACCAGAUCACAAGAUCCUAAACUUUUACAGCAGAAGGCUCCAUUACCAAGGCUUAUACACUUUGUAACAGUUCUGGAAAACUUCAACAUGAACCUCAUCGGAAGCUAUCACCAUCACCAUUUGAUGCAUGAUACUUUUUCAUUCGCGCAACGGUGUCAUCAAGAUAAUCCCUAUCUCCGGAACUGGCUGGUAAAUAACGGUGAGCGCCCUUUAGAUCUCCAAAUACACACGUCAAACUGGACAGAAUUGGGAGAAUCUGUGUCGGUCCUCGAGAACCAGCAAGACUCUUUUGCAGCCCGAAUGGUCAAACGGCGAACAACGGCUCCUAAAAAGGAGCGACGCAGGACGGAGAACAUUAAUAUCGCAUUUGCUGAACUGAGGGACUGCAUCCCUAACGUUCCCUCAGACACGAAACUGUCAAAGAUAAAAACACUAAGACUUGCAACAAGUUAUAUUGCUUACCUCAUGAAUGUUUUAGCCAAUGGAAGUGCAACUGAGGGAUUCAAGGCUGAAUUGCAGAAUUGUGACAACACAGAUUCAAAAAGGAAACGAGAGAUAAGAGAAGUUAUAAAGAAUGAAGACAAGCCAGGGGAAUAUUGUCGCGAAAAGAAGUUAAAAGGACGAACUGGAUGGCCGCAGCAAGUUUGGGCGCUUGAGUUAAAUCCGUGAGGGUCUGAAGCACACACUCCCGCUGCCCAGAUUGGCUAUGUGCAAUCACUCUUUACAAAUACUGUAUCCGCUUCAAACUUUCUGUUGUUUUAUCUUAAUACCACGACUUUUAUAAUGUUGUCAAAGGUUUUCCCUAGAUGUAUCAUUGAUUCCAUAUCACUUCACAGAGAAUCAUACCUCAAGUAUAAGUUAUAUUUAGAGUUCAAUUUAAAAUUGAACCAUGGGUCAGGCGUAUCUACCUCUUACGGCUGUGGUAUUCGUUGAAAUCCAAGACUGGAUAAGGCUACUUUGUGAACUUUUGAAAUUAUAACUUACUAAAUAAAAAAUACUUCUAUGUUUAA